GAAAAAAGAGUCCUCUCUUUUCUUGGUUCAUUAUAUCCACAAAAAAUAAUAUGUGUAUUGGAGCGAACAUCGCUCACUAUAACGGGGUUUGAUUGUAUUAAAUUUCUUUUAAUAUUAGGGAUUGCCUCCUCUCUUGCGUCGCGUACGUGUAGAUGUGACAAUGAAGGCCGCAUUCUUCGAGUAGAAAAAGAAACCAGUUUCUCGCUUUGGGUGAAAUAGCUGGCGGCAGCCAAAUGGGGCGAUUUCUCACGAAGUUCCUCUCUCUCUUCUAGUCGAAAGAAUGGACGAGGCAAAAUAAGAAAUCGAGGAAGUUAUGCACGGUCGGAAUGCUUUUGGGGAUCAUGCGCAGUUUAUACGCCUGUCUCAGGGGAUGGAUUACGCACCGGUCGCAGUGGAGAGAACGUGGUAUAUGGGAAUAUCAUACAAUCAUUUUAGCAAGGGUACCCGGUUACGGUUUUGGUGUAGCUGUGAGUGGUGGGAAAGAUAACCCUAAUUUUUCUUCUGGAGAUCCAGCAAUCACUAUAUCUGAUGUGCUCAAAGCAGGUCCUGCUGAAGGAAAACUGCUAAUCAAUGACAUUCUAGUCAGUGCCAAUGGAAUCUCAUUAGAAAAUGUUGACUAUACCAGAGCUGUACAGGUGUUGAGAGAUUGUGGUAAUUCUGUCAAUCUGGUCAUUAAACGUAAAAUAACUGCCUCAACUUUAAAUUUAAACAAUUCUAGGUCUGUUAAAGUCACUCUUACCAAAAGUAAAAAAAAAGAUGAUUUUGGUAUAGUUCUCGGUUGCCGUAUUUAUGUUAAAGAAAUCACUAAUCAUUCUAGUAUAGAGAAAGAUGGCUGUAUCCGUGAAGGAGAUAUUAUAUUGAAGAUCAAUAAUAACAGCACAGACUGCAUGACUCUUAAAGAGGCUAAAAAAAUAAUUGAAAACACAAAAGAGAAACUGCAACUCAUUUUAGAGAGGCAAUCUACGGAUGGAAAGCAAAUCCAAAGCAAUGGUGAAACUAAAAUUCCAACACCAGCAGAUAGAGGCGAAGAAAAAAAUUUAUCUAGUUCUAGGUUUCAGUCAGGUCGUAAUAGGGGACCCAUAAUGGAUAUAUCUUUGAGCCAGUUAGACCAACCUGCCACUCCUUUACUGACUGGACACGCGAGGGCUCCUUUGAUAAAUGAAGAAGAACCUUCUCUGCAGAGGCUGCCCCGCAUUGAUGAAUUUUCACCUUCAAGCAAGCAAUUUGAUGAAGAUCCUUUGGCAAGAAGAAACAAAACAGUGCCGACAGAAGCCAGAUUUAUCUCCUUCCAAAAAGACGGGAGUGUCGGAAUACGCUUGACUGGCGGAAAUGAGGUUGGUGUUUUUGUAACUGCUGUUCAGCCUGGUAGCCCUGCAUCACUUCAAGGUCUUCAACCUGGAGAUAAAAUUAUUAAAGUGAAUGAAAUGGACAUGAAUGGUGUUACUCGAGAAGAAGCUGUUCUUUAUCUUCUCCACAUACAAGACUAUGUUAACUUAGUUGUUCAGUACAUGAAAGAUAAAUAUGACGAAAUUGUAGCAAAUCAGCGUGGUGAUUCCUUCUACAUAAAAACUCACUUCUCUUAUGAGGGUUCUGGAAAAGGAGAGAUAGGUUUUCAAGUGGGGGAAAUAUUUCAUGUGAUAGAUACUCUUUACAAUGGUGUUGUUGGAUCUUGGCUGGUUUACAGACUUGGAAGAACUAAUCAGGAAAUACAGAAAGGAGUCAUACCCAACAACCAACGAGCUGAGCAGUGGGCCCAGGAACAACAAAACCAGGCUAAGAAAGACGCUGCAUCAGAAAGUCGUGGCAGUUUCUUUAAGAGAAGAAGCGCUCGACGUUCCAAGUCACUUAGCAAAGAUCACUGGGAAGACGUUGUCUUUGCCGAUGGUGUAUCUAAAUUUCCUGCAUAUGAAAGAGUUACUCUUAAGCAUCCCAGUUUUAUACGUCCUGUUGUGUUGUUCGGAUCUUUGGCUGAUGUUGCUCGGGACAAAUUAUUGAAAGAUUAUCCUGAUAAAUAUGCCUCUCCACAACUUGAUGGUCACUUAGAUGAUGUACCUAAAAGUCAAAAGCCAUCUGGUAUUAUUCGACUCAGUGCAAUUAAAGAAAUAAUUGGAAAGGGAAAACAUGCAAUAUUAGAUAUUACUCCCAGUGCUGUAAACCGGUUAAACUAUGCUCAAUUCUACCCCAUUGUGAUAUUUAUGCGUGCUGAAAACAAGCACGUUGUGAAAGAGAUGAGGUCUCGUCUUGCCAAGUCCAGUCAUAAAAGCUCAAAGAAAUUACACGAUCAUGCAGUCAAGCUUGAGAAGCUGUGGUCACAUAUAUUUACAGCCACUAUCACUCUGACAAGUGCGGAUAUGUGGUACAAGAAAUUGCGUGAAACAAUUGAUAAGCAGCAACAAUCAUCCAUAUGGAUUUCUGAAUCAAAACCGGAAGAAGCUAUCUCUGAUGACUUCCUCUUCCCCAUGACUUCCAGACUCAGCUAUGCCUCUUCACCAGAGAGUGAUUUAGAACUUCCACCCACCACUCGUACUUCAGACCUACAAGGGAUGGUAAAAGCUUCGAGUGAUCCUAGCAUUGCUACUCAGGAUGAAAUGUCUGGCCCUCCAGGAUAUAACCAAAUACCUGGUUAUCCUCGAUCAAGACAGCCUCCUUUUGAUUAUAUUCAACAGCAGCAAGAUUCGUUAUUGAACACAGAUAUGAAUUCUGCAAAAUAUAUUUCAGGAAGUGAUGGUACUCUAAAAGCCCGAUCACCACUCCAAGCUGAACCCCCGCCCAGGGUUGAUAGAGCCAACAAGCCCACUCAUUAUAGAACAGCACAAGAGCGGAUGUUUGCACGUCACUCUCUUUUGCUUGAAAGUGCCCAAAAGGAUCCACCCGAUUAUAUAAACACAGGGGCUCAACCUCAUUCAUUGGAGCGGUCAAAUGGUAGAUUGGGUGCAUUUGACAGCUCCUCCUAUAGUAGUGACUCUUACAAUCAGUAUUCAUCUAACCCCAUGGACAAUAAAAAUAGGGCUGAACAGCCUUACUCUGCUGCUGCUGCUGGAAGUCCUUACACUAUGUAUGGGCGACAACAGCCUCCCCCACCUCCAAAAGUGGACAGGUCAAGACCACCACUAAAUCUCAAUAAUAAAUACAGGCACCAUGAGGAGCGUCCAGCUCCCCCUUCCCCACCUCCCAAGCCUUUAUCUUACGAUCAGAGGAUGUCUGAUGGGCGCCCUGUUCCACCUCCUAAGCCUGGGCAGUACCAAUCUUCGAGGCCAUGGCAAAAUGAGGAGCCACCUCAUCGUACGCACGAUUUCUUGCCCCCGAGCCACCCGUCUUCGGAAAUGAUGCCACCGCCCUAUUCCGCCAACCAAAGAAGUCGCAACAGUUUUUCCGUGCAGUCACCGCCCUACUACUCGCCACCUCGAAACUACGCACUGAACGACGUGCCGCCCAAGCAUUCUCCUUCGGAAGAUGCACGCCGGCCCUACAAGUCCGACGACAACGGGGGUUUUGAUUCGGGUCAUGGGAGCAGCCUGGACAGGAACUAUGAUGUUCGCUCCUAUACCAAAAGCAUGGGAAAUCCACCACAAUGGCCUGCAGCAGUUCAUAUGAAUGGGGGAGGACCCUACCAUAAUGUAACAUACAGAGGACCCCCCAGGAGAGAACCUAUGUACCCUCCUCCGUAUGACCACCAUUCUUCUCCGCCCCCUCCGUCCAGCCUUAUUGACCUCUCCAACAGGGAAAACAGAGGCAGUGCUUUUGAACUCUAUAAAAAACCUCUUAUUUCCUCCAAAUGACCUAUAAAAUUAUUAUUUAUUGAAUUUGCAGAAUUAUUUUCAGUCAAAUCCAUCAUCGAAACCUCUGGUUAAGACUUAUUAUUUUCUGCCCGCCUGGAAAGUUCCAGUAUUGUGUCAUGAUUUUAACUAUGGAAAGUCAUGGAUUUAGGUCGUCGAAAAAUCUAAUUUUUGAAAUGAAAUUUACCCCAAUUUCAUGGUGUUCCGAAUAUCUGAAUUUGUAACAAAAUUCCCACUCACAGUCAUAUUUUUAUUAAAAUAUAAAAUGUUUUUAUCGUGUUUUUUAAAAAUGGUGUUCUUUCAAAAAAAUUAAAGAAAAAAAGCAAAUUAUCAUUAUCUUUUAAACUUCUGUGAUUUCAGAAUUUUUGUUAUUAUUUUUAUUUUAUCAAUUUAAAAUUCUAGUUGCAGCAAGCCAGUCAUUGGCGAUUUAUUUUAUUCCGAAAUCAGAACAGAAAAAUCAGGAGUAUUUCUUUCAUUCCGAUGAACGAGAAAAAUGUCUUUAGAAUAUAGUUCCACAGAAAAAAGGAAGAAAAAAAAAUUCUUCGUUUUUGUAUUUUUUUCUGCUAUUUUUUGGCUUCAACUCUUUCUUUGCUCUGUAUUUUAAAUUUGAAAUCUAUAAAUAUGACGAAACAGAGUACAACAGUUUUGUUUAUACCUAUCAUUUCGAUUAUUGUUAUUAUAAUGCUUUUUUAAAUUUAUUGUUGUGUUUUUGUUGCAAGAAAUAGUAACUUUGGUAAUUCAUUAAAAAUUCUUUGAAUGAGUCAUGGAUUUUAAAAUCUUAAAUGUAGCAGAUAACCUGUAUUUAAAAACUAUGAUCUGUGAUUGCAGCAUGUAUUUCAACUGUUACAUUAUGAACUGUUAGCCGAUGAAAGAAUUAAAUUUUUUUCAAAUGGCUCUACCCAGCGAACAAAUUGAAAAGGAAUGGGGGGGUGGACUAAAUUUGACCUUUGCAGUUGCUGUUCAAAUUUCAAGAUGAUACAACAAACAGUUCUGAAGUUAUAAGAAGGAUACACAGACAAACUCUUCAUUUUAUUAUUAGAGAUAAGUAGGUUUUAGUUGUAUUAUAUUUAUAAACUUUACACAAAAGUAACUAGUUAUUGUUUAGUAAUAUGUUAAAAAAUUUUUUUUGAUUCAAAUUCGUGAUUUUUAAAAAAAAAAAAUUAAAGGAAUUUACGUUACGAUUGAAUAAAAUAUCAAAUUUUAAUAUUGACUAUAAGCCACCAACCUUCUGACUGCAGGUUUUGAUGCUGAAACAGUCCAUUUAUUUCCUUCUUUGUGGUUAUGUAUUCUCUGGGAUAUUUAAAUCUGAUAUUUAUUCUAGUUAUAAAAUGCAGCUUGUUUUAAAUUUCAUUGUCAGUUUUUUUAACGUGUGGAGUCUAUUUUGGGGAACGUAUGUGAUCUGAUAGACGACAUAUCUUGAUGCACAAAAAUGCUCUUUUAACUCAAAGACUCGUUUCAACGAAGUUUUAUUUUACCGAGAGUUUGUUCUUUAUUAAUGAAUAAAACUUCAAAUAGUUGUAAAAAA